AUGCUCUGGGAGCAAUUGCCGGAACUCCCCGAUACGCUCGGAUUCGGUGGGCCUGUCGCAGGCGUUCACAAGAAUGCUCUGAUCGUUGCAGGCGGGGCUAACUUUCCCGGUGGCCCACCUUGGGCCGGCGGAGACAAAGAGUGGCAUGAUCAGAUCUAUGUUCUCGCUCGCGACGGCGGGGAUACGCUGGCAAAUGGGUGGAUUGAAGCGGGGAGAUUGCUCACGCCAGUAGCAUACAGCGCCUCGGUGUCAACCGACGCAGGCGUUCUGCUUAUCGGCGGAGAGAAUGACGGUAUUCCCUCCGCCGAAAUCUAUUUACUAGCUUGGGACGCCGGGACGCGAAAUGUACGCGUCAAGAGCGUGGGCCGGCUUCCUCGCCCAGUUAGCAACCUCGCUGCAGCUCGAAUUGGCCAGCGCUUGUACGUCGUCGGUGCCGGCCAAUCCUCGGGGUCUGAUCGCCUGGACAAAAAGUACUUCUGGUCAGUCGACCUUACGAAUCUCACUGAGUCCGGAGAGCUGGAGUGGGACAUGACGCUCCCCCCAUACCCAGGCUCACCACGCCAUCAAUGCGUGGUAGCCACGCAAAAUGAUGGUUCAGGGCGAGAGAAGCUCUUUCUAAUCAGUGGCGCGAAUCCAAGGUAUUUUUCCGAUGGAUCGCCAGACCUUGCCAACUUCGAGUACUUCACAGACGCGUUCAAGUUCGACCCCAUUGACAGAGUAUGGAACGCAAUUGCAGAUCUGCCAUCAAUUGGCGACCCCCGGGUCGGUGUAGACACGGCGUCCUAUGCUGAGGCGAAGUGGCCAGUCGCCGCCGCCACUGGAAUUGGCAUCGGUCAAAGCCACGUCCUUGUAUUCAGUGGCUCGACCGGCAGGUAUAUCACGCUUCCCGUCUCCGAGCGGCCGGCAUUCGCUUCCACCGUCCUGGCGUACCACACGCUCACCGAUACUUGGACCGAAGCUGGAGAGAUGCCAAUCGGCGUCGUAACAACUACCGCCACGCGUUGGGACGACCGAAUCGUGAUUCCAUCCGGUGAAGUGCGUCCUGGCGUCCGCACGAACGCGGUGCAAGCGUUGCGAUUGGAGAGCGCUGGGGCAGAUUUCGGCACGGUCAACUAUACGGUGCUGAUCGUCUACUUGUUGGGCGUCAUGGCGUUGGGCGCCUUCUUUGCCCUUCGGACCCACACUACAAAUGACUUCUUUCGUGGUGGCCAGAGAGUGCCAUUCAUCGUGGCUGGCCUAAGCAUCUUUGCAACGAUGCUCAGCUCAAUCACAUUCGUCGCCCUUCCGGCAAAGGCGUUCGCAACAGACUGGAUCUACUAUGCCGCCCAACUCACCAUUAUCCCGGUCGCUCUAGUUGUGAACCGGAUUGCGAUCCCCUUCUUCCGGCACAUCGACGCUACCUCCGCCUACGAAUAUCUGGAGAAGAGGUUUAGCUACGCUGUACGGCUCAUCUCUAGCACUCAGUUCGUGCUUUUUCAGAUCGGUCGUAUGGCCAUAGUCAUGUACUUGCCGGCACUAGCUCUGGCAACCAUUACGCCGUUCUCGGUUAUCCAAUGCGUCCUCAUGAUGGGCAUACUUAGUGUUGUUUACUGCACUCUCGGGGGCGUGGAGGCGGUAGUGUGGACCGACGCGGUGCAAACGGUCGUCUUGCUGGGUGGCCUGUUGGUGGCAAUCACGAUCGUGGUCUUGACGAUCGACGGCGGCGUUCCGGAGAUAGCGAGUGUCGCGUACCGAGAUGGAAAGCUUCGCAUCGCGGACCUCGAUUUUUCUCAGACGAGCUACACUACGACCGCAAUCUGGGUAGUAGUCCUAGGCCAGCUCUUCCAGUCCUUGUACUCGUACACUUCGGACCAAGCAGUAGUUCAACGUUACUUGACCACCAAGACCCUGCCAGACGCUAGGCGUGCCAUGUGGACCACUGCCUGGAUGGGCGUGUUUGGAAGUGUAUUGUUUUUCAUGAUGGGCACAGCCCUCUAUGUGUUCUAUAAGGGCUAUCCGCAGAAACUCGACAUAGGGAUGCACAAUGACGCCAUAUUCCCGCUGUUCAUCGCAACAGAACUUCCGGUAGGCGUUGCGGGAGUAGUUGUGGCUGGGAUCUUUGCAGCCGCCCAAUCCACGAUCUCGACAAGCAUGAACAGUACGGCGACCGCAAUCGUCACGGAUUUCUGCAAACCACUGCGCGUAUGCCAAACAGAUUCAGGCUAUCUGAUACUGGCAAGGCUCUUCACUGGGAUCCUCGGACUUGGCGGAACAGCCAUGGCGUGCUGGCUUGUGCAGCUGAAUGAAACCAGCAUGAUGGACACCUUCAUUAAGGUGGUAGGGCUGUUCGGCGGCGCUGUUUGCGGGCUGUUCAUGCUAGGGAUUACCACACGCAGGGCAAACUCUGCUGGCGGGCUGAUUGGAUCAGCCUGCGGCAUUGCUUCGGUUGUGCUCGCUUCCGUUGAGGGCGUGCAUCCGUUCCUGUUCGCAAUGGUAGGAACGAUGGUGACGAUAGUCGUGGGCUACGCCGCUAGAGUGGAGGGUAUGCGACCUGAGCGGCAAUCCGAACUCGCCGACUUCUACCGAUCUAGCCUGCUCGAAGACGUCGUGCCAUUCUGGAUCACCCAUUCCGUCGACCAUGAUUGCGGUGGAUUUCUAACGGCGCUGGAUCGAGACGGAACGGUAAUCGACACAGAUAAGGGCGUAUGGCAGCAAGCCCGCUUUGCCUGGCUUCUCGGCGAGCUGUACAACAACGUCGAACCACGCGACGAAUGGUUGCAGCUGGCGUGUCACGGGGUCAACUUUAUUGACCGCUACUGCUUUGACCGAACCGACGGUCGGAUGUGGUUUCACCUGGCGCGUGAUGGCCAGCCGAUCCGCAAACGCCGGUAUGCGUUCUCAGAGAGUUUCGCGGCAAUCGCGUACGGCGAAGUUGCCCAAGCACUCCGAUCGGACGAGUACGCUGAAAAGGCUCGCCGCACCUUUAGAGGCUUUAUCGAACACAAUCUGGAUCCGCGUGGGGUCUCGCCCAAGUUUACCGACGUACGACCGACGCGGACGCUCGGUUUUCCGAUGAUCGCGAUCAACACCGCUCAGCAGUUGAGAGACUCGAUUGGGUUGGAGGACGCCGACCACUGGAUUGACCAGUGUAUCGAAGACAUUCAGCGCUAUCACGUAAAGCCUGACAUCGAGUGUGUGAUGGAGAUUGUCGGCCCAUCUGGCGAGCUGAUCGAUCACUUCGACGGUCGCACCUUGAACCCGGGGCACGCCAUCGAGGGUGCUUGGUUCAUUAUGGCCGAAGGCCGGCGACGUCGGGACCAAUCAAUGAUCAAGCUCGGGUGCCAGAUGCUAGAGUGGAUGUGGAAACGUGGCUGGGACAGCACCUACGGAGGUAUACUCUACUUUGUUGACGUGAAUGGACUUCCGCUUCAAGAGUACUGGCACGACAUGAAAUUCUGGUGGCCGCACAACGAAGCAACUAUCGCCACGUUGUUAGCGUAUAGGUUAACCGGCGACGAACGCUACGCAGAUUGGCAUGAACUUGUGCACGACUGGUCAUUCAAUCACUUUCCAGAUCCACUCCACGGCGAGUGGUUUGGCUACUUGCAUCGAGACGGACGACUCAGCGUUGCAUUAAAAGGCAAUCUUUGGAAGGGGCCGUUCCACUUGCCUCGCAUGUUGCUGAAUUGUUGGAAACUGCUGGAGUCGUCACCGCCUCAUUGA